AUGUGGGGGUUCCUCGGCACUGAAAUCCACCCCGGUGGCAUACGGCUUCUGGUUGACCCUCCCCAGCUCCCCCUCGCUAGGACCGUCCUCCGUCGCAGCCCCGAUUUCUCCAAAGGCGGUUUCAGCUGGGUCCUGGUCGACGCUGAACAUGGGUUGAUCAACGAUAGCCACUACUAUGAUCUCACAAAUGCCGUCGCCCACGAAGGCGCAAGUCCCAUUAUCCGCGUCCCCUGGCCAGAAGAGUGGAUGAUCAAGCGUGCUCUUGAUGCCGGCGCCCAUGGAAUUAUGACUCCCAUGUGCCACUCUGCUGAGGACGCCAAGAAGGUCGUCAGCUACUGCAAGUACCCGCCUGUCGGAGUCCGCGGGUACGGACCUAUGUACACGGCACACUCGUUCCCCGGUGUUUCACCGGCGGAGUACGAUGCUAAGACUCAUGCGGAGGUGUUGGUUGUUGUGCAGAUUGAGUCCCGACCUGGUGUGGAGAAUGUGGAGGAGAUUGCUAAGGUCGAGGGACUCGAUGUUCUUUUCAUUGGACCCUUCGAUCUUGCUAAGCAGAUGCGUAUUACUCGUGGUGGUGAGGAGCAUGAAGCUGCUAUCCAGCGGGUUCUGGAUGCUGCCAAGUCAAAUGGGAAGAAGGCUGCUAUUUUCUGUACCGAUGGCAAUGAUGCUCUUCGUCGUUCGCAACAAGGAUUUGAUAUGGUUUCUAUCAUUACUGACAUCGGUGUCUUCGGUGAUGCUAUGCUCGCUGAGUUGGAGAAGGCUAAGGGUAAUGCUAAGGUUGAGGAGAAGCGUGAGGGCUACUAG